AUGAGGAGAUCGCCGCCCGUCGGCCGGCCUGUCCGGCAGGUCGCUGCUCCCCGCUGGAGUCUGACGGACGGAGAAGCAGAGGUGCAGCAGGAUGGAGCUUUAACCGAGCGCAGAGCGAUGGGCCGGAGCUGCACCGAGCCGAGAGGCUGCCACGCCCUGGGAGAGGAGACCUUCCACUUUGCUGGUCACAGCAUCAGCAUCCGCGAGUCCGUGGACACGUUCGGCGCUCUGAUCUGGCCCGGGGCGAUCGCCUUGUGCCAGUUUUUGGAGAAUAACCAGCAGGAGGUGAAGCUGGAGGACAAAGCCGUGCUGGAGCUGGGAGCGGGGACAGGUUUACUGUCCGUAGUGGCCAGUCUGCUGGGUGCUCAGGUGACCGCCACAGACCUCCCAGACAUCCUGCCCAAUCUCAGCUUCAACCUCCUGAGAAACACGAGGGGCCGAUCCCGCCACACGCCCCGGGUGGCGGCCCUCUGCUGGGGUCAGGACCUGCAGCGAGACUUCCCCUACUCAUCCCACCGCUACGACUACCUGCUGGCGGCGGACGUGGUCUACCCCCACGGCUGCCUCCAGGACCUGCUGAAGACCAUGCAGCACUUCUGUCCAAGGGGAAGUGGAGCCACCCUGCUGUGGGCCAACAAGAUCCGGUUUGAGUCCGACGUGAGGUUCACCGAGUGCUUCAAGAAAAGCUUCAGCGCCGCCCUGCUGGCCGAGCUGCCCCAGCAGGAGGUGUGGAUCUACAAGGCCACCGCCAGGGAGUGA